UCAGGUUUGCUCCUCUCAACCCAUAGAAGAAGAAUCUGAGAGAGACAAAGCUGAUAUGGGUGAAGGGACAUUGGAGCUACCCACAGUGUACAUGAUUUUAGAUCUCCUCCCUGACAUUAACAUGACCAACAGUACCAGAUUCACAGAGGAGAUCCUGUUCUCUCUGUACUUCCAGCACUCGCUGGGCAUGGCUGCAGUGUUCGUCCUGGCCUAUCUGUUCAUCUUCCUGCUCUGUAUGAUCGGUAACAGUGUGGUGUGUCUCAUAGUCCUGAGGAACCGGCACAUGUGGACAGUCACUAAUAUCUUCAUCCUGAACCUUUCCAUCAGUGACCUGCUUGUGGGCAUCUUCUGCAUUCCCACCACUCUGGUGGACAAUCUCAUAACAGGCUGGCCAUUCAGUAACAUAAUAUGCAAGCUGAGCGGCCUUGUGCAAGGAAUGUCUGUCUGUGCGUCCGUCUUCACACUGGUGGCCAUCUCAGUGGACAGGUUUCGCUGUGUAGUUUACCCCUUUAAACCCAAACUAACGCUUUUUGUGGCAAAGGCAAUCAUUGGGAUGAUAUGGCUGUUGGCUCUGGUCAUAAUGUUCCCCUCGGUCCUGAUGUUGACCGUCCAGCAAGAACGAAGCCACUUUAUGGUUCAAGAUGACAAUUACAACCUGACGUAUCCUCUUUAUUCUUGCUAUGAGACCUGGCCUGAGCCUGAGAUGCGGAAAGUGUACACCACAGUGCUGUUUGCCCAUAUUUACCUGAUUCCCCUCAUUCUUAUCCUCCUUAUGUAUGGCUGCAUUGGAGCUAAACUGUACUCGACCACCUUCCUGGUCAAGGUGAAGCAACCUGACGGUACUCCUCAAGGGAAGUCACCUGUUUCGCACAGGAAGAUCAAAGUCAUCAAAAUGCUCACUGUUGUGGCCCUUCUCUUCAUGCUGUCCUGGCUGCCUCUGUGGACCUUGAUGCUGCUGACUGACUAUGCACGUCCUGAAGGAGACCAACUGGAUCUUCUGACAGGUUACAUCUUUCCUGUCUCCCAUUGGCUGGCCUUCUCCAACUCUAGUGUCAAUCCCAUCAUCUAUGGCUACUACAACAAAAAUUUCAGGCACGGAUUUCAGGCCGCCUGGACGCAUCGACCAUCCUGCUGCUUGGACGGGUCUUCACAGGCCCGUCUCAGGAGGGUUAAGAGGGGCAACAAGACUUGCUCCCACUUGGACAAAGCUUUCAGUUCCAACGCUCUGAACCUGGGAGUAAGAAACAAAAUCUACACUGACAAUGACCUAACAGGUUGUGUGUGUCUGGAGAUGGAACACAGGAGAGUGUUUGGAGAAACGAGAUGCUCAGGGGCAGAAGGGGGAAACCGAGGAACAGCGAUCAAAAGAGAGCUUCUGGAAGACAUCAAGAGGAUUUCUCCAACGGGACCUACAGUGUACCAGGCCUGGGAACUUUGAGCGGUCCGCCUCAAAGCGAGGCACAUGGUCAUAAUGGAUGCUGAACAUCAGGUUUCUAUGAGCAAAGUUACUCCUAGCGAUGAUGGAGGAAAGGAAUGUAAAUUAAAUUGAAAUGCAACAUAAGCAAAAAAAAAAAAAAAAAAAAAAAAAAACAAGCAGCAAAUUGCUUGUAUUAUUAAGACGACCUUUGUAUACAAGUCUCAUACUGGUAAAGUAUAUAGCAGACCAGGCCUAACAUGCCUGGAUGCAGAUCAUUUAUCACAUAAUUUACCAGUCGGGUAACAGAAAAUAAACUCAUGGAUAAAUGGAAUUGUGUAUUUGCAUCAUGGGU